AUGAAUUCUUCAACUCCAAGAAACCCCAUGAUUUCUAAUAAUUUCCCUCAGGACAGGUCAAAUAGAAAAGAAGUGAAUUUAAAAAUUAUGAGCGAAUCCCCAGUGUUAUCAACAAGAAAUCUCCCAGCACCAUCACGGAGCUUAUCAAAGCCAAACCCAACUGAGCUUUACAACAAAGGCUCACAGGAAAAUUGCAAAUGUAGAAGCUGCCAAGCCAAAAAAUUGGCUCCGAUUCAGCAGAACUCUAGGCCAAAAUCAAAAUGUGGGAUGAAUGAUUCAAUUGAAGUAGAAGACUUUACUAAUUGAAAAGAGGAAUAUCUUAAACUAUAUCAAGAGAAAAAAGAAGCCAUUGAGAUACUGAGUGACUAUUUUAAGACAAAUUCAGAAAAUCAUACAGAGAAUGGGACUAUGAAAAAUAUGAUCAAUUGGGUGAUCAAUGACGCUAAUAAGUGAAAAAACCAAUUCAAUAGAGUAAAAAAAUUUGAAGAAGACAUUGAAGCAAAUAGCAAAAUUGCUACACAAGCUAUGGAUAUGCUGAAAAUCGAGCAGGAGAAAGCAAAAAAAAAUGAUGAAAGAUUAAAAGGAGAAAUCAAAGGAAGAAAGGAUGUAGAAGAGAGAUAUGAAAAAUUAAAUAGUGUUGUCAAUAAUUAUUUGACCCAGAUUGCUGGGCUGGUUUCUGUUGAGUUUCAGGCUUCAAUAAAUAAUAUUGACAAAUUCAAACUUAUUUUUGAGGCUGUGAAAAAUUUGGAUGAUUUAAAAAAAGAAAAAAUUCGUAAAAAAGGCACAAAAAAGUGGUUAAAAAAUGGCAAAAAAAUGGCAAAAAUUGGCAAAGAAUAGCAAAAUAAUUGAGAAGUUUAGCAAAUUGGCAAAAAGGUUAAGUUUGCGAAUAUUUAUUUUUUUACAAAAUUUUGCCUUACUCCCCCCCCCCCCCUCCGUGAGCGAACAAAACCAUUAGAAAAAUCGCCAUUUUUUGACCAAAAACCCACCCUCCGUGAGUGAACAAAAAUUUUUUUAAUAGAAAAAAUUUUAAUGGAAAAAAAUUUUGAUAUAUAAGUGAUAAUUAGUAUAAUGAAAUCUAGAGCUAAUUCUGUUUAAUUUUAAACAAAUUGCGUUUUAAACAUAAAUUUUGCAAAUUAAAUUAAUAUUUGCUUCCCAAUUUUUGCAAAUUAGGAUUUUUUUAAAUUUCGAAAAAAAUAUUUUUUUUUAUAAAAUUUAUAUAUAAAUUUUUUUUAAAAAAAAAAAUUAACCCCCCUCCGUGAGCGAACAAAAUUUUUUUGUUCGCUCACGGAGGGGGGGGGGGGGGGUGGGGAGUUAGAAUUGCCAUCCAAAAAAUCGUCCGAAAAAUUUGACAGAAAAAUUGGAUGAUGCAUCAAUAAUUACAGAAGAAUCUCAGAAAGAUAUAAAUAAAAAAGUAAAAUCAUAUGAAGAGGAGAUAACAAAAAUCAAAAAUAUUUUAAAGAAAAAUGAACAAGAAAUAGAACAGCUUAGGUCUGAGUUGAAAAUGAAAAAUCAAAAUAUUGAGCUUCUACAUAAAGAAAAGUUAGAUCAUGAAUCCAUUGUGGUGAUUGCUUCACUCCUCCUUUUAUAUUGAAACAAAAUAUAGUUAAAACUUUUUAAUUUUUUAGGUACUUUAACCCCUGUUAAAUUGGUGAACAAUUUUAUACGUGAAAUUAAUAAUUUUUAUAAACCUAAUUUAUUGGAAACAAAUGCUUGUAAACGAUUAUUUAAACUGUUUUUUUUGACUGAAUCGAUAAUAUUUUGUGUGAAUUCUUUAUAAAAUAAAAAAAUAUUAUAUUAUUUAAAUGUUAAAUUAAAUUGGACAGGAUUUUUUGUUCUACUUUAAGGCAAGAGGAGCCAGAGAAAGAUAAUAUAAUAGCAAAUUUGCAAAAUUCAAUCAGUAUAUUGCAAGAGAAAAAUGAAUUAUCCUUAAAAACUAAUCGAGCUAUAACUGAAGAGCUACAAGAACAAAAGAAAAAAUUUGAUGACUAUGAAAAUUGUGUUCUACUUAUAGUUUUAUAUCUAAAUUUUUUUAUAAAAAUCCUUUUAAAAUAUAAUUAGUUAUUUUAUCCUAAUAAUUAUUAGUAACUAUAAUAUUUAGUUCAUAUACUUCAUUCUUCAACUUUAUCUAGAUAGCUGGCAUAGAUCCAUGAAAAUGAGCAUCUAGAAGAGCACGUAGUUUUUGAAAAUGCUAAAACCGAAAAUAAGACUUUAAAAUCCAAGCUAGAUCUGAUUAUGAUGAGUGUCAAUAAUUUAACCUCAGAGCGGGAUUCUGCACUAAAACAGUUAAAUAUCUUGCAAAAAGAAAAUCGCACUCAUCAAGACCAUAUUGCUCAAUUAUUAUCUCAAAACGACAAGCUUCAGCACGAAUCCAAAAUCCAAGCUGCCAAAAAAGAUACAGAAAAUUAUUUAUCAUUAGAAUUAUCAAAAUAUCAAAAUUUACUUGAGAAAAAAGAAGAGCUUCUAUAUGAGAAAACAAAUCAAAUCGAAAAUUUAACCACUUCAAUAGACUCAUUAAAAUCUGAUAUCAAAAUUUAUCAGCAUUUGAAUGAGACCUUACAAGAAGAACUCACCAGAAUGCAUGAAGGAGAAGACGAAGACACCUUUGAAAAUGUCAUGAGGAAUGAGCUUUCAAUGAUGAGAGAAACCUAUGAAAAAAAAUUGAAAGAGUUGAGAGAUGUAUAUGAAGCACAUAAAAGAAAAAGCUAUCUAGACGUGAAGCAGCUUAAAGAUGAUCUCAAAAAUGCAGAGCAUUCUAGAGAGAUGUCAGAGUUGAGGAUGAGGAGUUUUAUGAAUAAACUUUAA